ACCAUUAACAAGAUUUACUUUCUCAUCUGUUUUCACUUCUCCUCCCAAGUUGCUUGGAAACUCAUAGGGUUGAAGGGGGCUCUGGUUUUUAUUUCAGAGCCGCCUCUCUGCUUUUUUCUUCUUCAUUCACCAUUUCUUAUUUAUUAUCUCCACAUCAUCAGAGCAGAUAUAGAUGGAUUCAUCACCAGCACACCAGCUGAUUCAAAAGGUAUCUUGCUGUUCUGAAUUUUGAUGCCCUCAUAUGAUAAUUAACAACCCCGGUGAGUUAUUAGUUACCGUAUCUAUAAAUCUGCAGAGGAGGUUAAACCCAUGGGUAGCUUAGAAAACUGUAAAUGUUGCCAGAUUUCUGCUAUAUGAGGGGCUUACUUCAGAAUAGAGAAAAGUAGCUUACCUGCUUGGAAGAAGGAAAACAAAGGUUAACAUCUGUCUGGGAACAGGUGAAAGAUAAUGUUGACCCGCUAAGAUGGAGCUGAUAAUAUUUAUUCUCUGAGAUCUAUCCCCCAUUCUUCUGUAGUUUUCAGUUUGUCCACAAUUUUGGACGGUAAAGUUUGGCACCACAUUUUUUAUGCAAAUAAUGUUAAGGAGUAAGCAGAUCGGUCCCCUUACCCAGUGUGCUAGGUCAUUUUUUGUUAGUGGUACUCGAGGCGGAGCAGACGGAAGUCCUUGUCCUCACCCCGAAGAUGAAACUUAUGCUCCGAGGAAGCAGCUCAGAAAUAAUGGAGUUUUUCUUCCACAUAAGGAUUCCACCUUAGGUUCCAGAUCUUCAGUCAGUGAUGGAGCUACACUUUCUGGAGAUGCAAUUGGAACAAUUGGCUGUAAGACUGAGAAUGGUGCUAAGCCAGCUGCCACACAUGUUCUAUCUGUUCCGAGCCCUUCAUUGAGAUUGGCUUCUGGGAGUUCUGUAGUGAAUGAUGUAUGUGUUAUUCAGAAAGAUCACAUUCCUUCAACUGCUCAUGUUUCAGAUCAGUUUGUCAAAGCUGGCAUUGCUGCAGUUAGCCUUUUAUCCGACUUGGUAAAUUACAAGCUUCCUGUAUCAGAUGGGAAAGAGGUACUUCACAACACCACAAACUGCAUGCUUGAUCCUUCAAGGCCCAUCUCCAGCAUAAGACCAUCCAACAUAAAACCAGUGAAAAGAGAGAGUUUUGUCACUGUUGAUAGAAAACCAACUGUUGUUGAGAUAGGACGUGGUACAGCAUCUAAUGUUUGUUCGGACGUUCCAAAAGUUAAAUCAGAAAAGUUUGCUCCAGUGAAGACUACAAGUACAAACCAUAGUUCAAGUAAGGGUAUCCAGAAUAAUUCAGUUGAGAAUCUGAAUGUACCUUCUGGUACUAGAUAUCGUCAGAGGCAAUACGUGCAACAGAAAUCUAAACUUACUUCAUACCAUGCUGUUUCAAAUUCUAAGACUGGACAAGCAUCAGAACCCAAGGCUGCAGGAAGUACUUCUGAAAGCGUUAGAUCUGGUUCAGAUAAUGUUCAGAAGCCUUCAGUGCAUGCAAGGACGCCAACAGGUUUUACCCCAUUGGGUAGGAAUAAUGUGAACACCAGACAUGCUGUAGAGCGUGUUUCUAACAUUUUACAGCAGUGCAAGUGGGGACCGUCUGCAGAAGAGGCAUUAGAGAAACUCAACUGUUCGUUGGAUCCUUAUCAAGCCAAUCAGGUCCUUAAACAGCUACAAGAUCAUUCAAUUGCUAUAGGUUUUUUCAACUGGUUGAAAAGUCGUCCUGGAUUUAAACAUGAUGGGCAUACUUACACCACAAUGGUUGGCAUACUUGGGCGUGCUAGAAAAUUCACUUACAUAAACCGAUUACUUGAUGAAAUGGCCAGAGAUGGGUGCUUACCAAAUGUGGUAACAUAUAAUCGUCUGAUUCAUAGCUAUGGUCGUGCAAAUUACUUGAAUGAAGCAUUAAAUGUUUUUCAUCAGAUGCAAGAAGUGGGCUGUGAACCAGAUCGAGUUACCUACUGUACGCUUAUUGACAUCCACGCGAAAGCAGGUUAUCUAGAUGUUGCAAUGGACUUGUACGAGAGGAUGCAGUUGGCAGGUCUCUCACCUGACACGUUUACGUAUAGUGUUAUUAUCAACUGUCUUGGGAAAGGUGGGCACUUGGCUGCUGCUUACAAGCUCUUCUGCGAGAUGGUUUCUCAAGGUUGUGUUCCCAACCUGGUCACAUACAAUAUCAUGAUUGCUCUUCAAGCCAAGGCAAGAAACUACCCAUGUGCAUUAAAGAUUUAUCGGGACAUGCAAACUGCUGGAUUCCAACCUGACAAAGUUACAUACAGUAUUGUCAUGGAGGUACUUGGGGUAUGUGGAUAUCUGGAUGAAGCAGAAGCUGUAUUUUCAGAAAUGAAGCAGCACAACUGGAUUCCUGAUGAACCUGUUUACGGUAUUUUAGUUGACAUGUGGGGUAAAGCUGGACAAGUUGAUAAAGCUCGGGAAUGGUUUCAAGCAAUGCUCAAUGCAGGCCUCCGCCCUAAUGUCCCUACAUGCAACUCUUUACUCAGUGCUUUUCUCCGAAUGCAUCGGUUAGCUGAUGCCUAUGAUCUGCUCCAAAGUAUGUUGAGAUUUGGUCUGCACCCAAGUCUUCAGACCUAUACGCUGCUCCUCAGCUGCUCUACUGAUACAACAUUUCGUAUUGACAUGGGUUUUUGCUGGAAACUCAUGGCAGUUACUGGCCAUCCUGCCCAUGCAUUUCUUGUAUCAAUGCCAUCAUCAGGACUCGAUGGUGGACUGAACGUGCGGCAACAUGCUAGCAACUUCUUCGACUUAAUGCACAGCGAGGAUAGAGAGAGUAAAAGGGGGCUUGUUGAUGCGGUGGUAGAUUUCCUUCAUAAGUCGGGUCUUAGAGAAGAGGCCGGAUCAGUUUGGGAGGUAGCGGCUUUGAAAAAUGUGUACCCGGAUGCAGUUCGAGAGAAGAGCUCCUGCUACUGGCUUAUAAACCUUCAUGUUAUGUCCAAUGGAACUGCAAUUACAGCCUUGUCAAGGACUCUUGCUUGGUUUCGUAAGAAGAUGAUUGCAUCAGGUGUUGGACCAAGCAGAAUUGAUAUUGUUACAGGCUGGGGCCGGCGUAGUAGAGUCACUGGAUCUUCUUUGGUCAGAGAGUCCGUUCAUGAGUUGCUGGAUAUGUUUCAGUUUCCAUUUUUACCGGAAAAUGGUAACUCUGGGUGUUUUGUAGGCAGCGGAGAUUCUCUCAAUCGAUGGUUAUACCAACCAUGUGUUGAGCGAAUGCACUUACUUUAGCCGGUAUUUUUCUUCCUUCAUUUGUAGGGUUCGUGCCAUUUUGCAGUUGGACAUGAACACGGGGAUAUAUCGGGUGUUGUUCGUUUUUGUUAGUUUGUAUUUAAAUAAUUAGGUUAUUUAUUUCAUUUGAUAAAUUAGAUAGCUGUUAUGAUGAUGCCCAUCUUGCCGUGUAUUCAUUUGAAAACUCGUGUGUAAGCGGCUCUUGUACAAAUGAGUGGAAGUAUGUUCGUUCACUGGUGAGUCUUAUCUUGGUUAAUUUUGAAGUUAAAAGAGUUUUCUGAA